AUGGGCCAAAAAGCCUCCGUCCCACAACCCGGCGCACGAAUGCAAGUGAUCGGCGCCGGGCUACCACGCACAGGGACCUCAUCAUUCAGCCAGGCGCUGGAAAUCCUCCUGGACGGACCGGUGUACCACUGCGGCACACAAAUAUCCAUAGGCCCACCAUCAGAGAUAAAAAGCUGGAUGCCAAUUCUGCAAAACUGGCUCAAAAAAGACGACAGCACAAGCCGCGCAAAGAUGCUCACCCUCCUGCGCCGCCGAUUGGCCGGCUACGUCGCUAUCACCGACUCCCCAGGCUCCGAGCUCGUCCCGGAACUCAUGGAGCUGUACCCGGAUGCCAAGGUCGUCUGCACCGUCCGUGACCCCGUCUUGUGGGAGACGAGUAUGCUCCAUGUGCAGAGUUUGACGGGCGUUUGGUUUGCGCGUGCUGUCCUCCUCCCGCUGGACGGGUUGAGACAUUUUAUCCCGUAUGGGUAUUUGCUCGCGGCGCUGUGGGAGAGGCUUUAUGGUGGUGUUGCUGGUCAGCAUGGGAGGGAGACUUAUGAGAGUCAUAUUGCUUGGUUAAAGAAGGUUGUGCCGGAGGAUAGGUUGGUUUUCUUUGAUGUUAGGGAUGGGUGGGGGCCGCUGUGCGAGGCUCUGAGCGUCGAGGCUCCGGUUGGUGUGCCGUUUCCCCGUAUCAAUGAUUCUGAGGCUAUUGAGAGGUCUGUUAAUCAUCAUCUCCGGAGGGGUCUGACGCGCUGGGCUUGCAUAUUUGCCAUGCUUGGCGUUGGGAUGGCGGCUUUUCGCAUGUGGAGGUGA